AUGAUCUCCCGGAUACACCGGUGGUUCCUCCCGCCGACCUACCGCAACACAGGCUCCGUCGCCCGCGACCACCUGGCCUCGGAGCGCACCUUCCUGGCGUGGAUGCGCACGGGCCUCGGCUUCGUGGCCUUUGGCAUCGCCGUCGAGCGCUUCCAGUCGCUCGACCUCGAGGGCAUGUUCGAGCGCUUCAUAGACGCCAGCAGGAGACCCUCGCCGCUGCCGCGGGACGGUGCCGACGAGGCCGAGCAGCAGCAGCAGCGCGACAGCGGCAGGAGGCGCGACCAGGAGGAGCAGCAGCAGAGCCGCGUGCUCGUCAUGUCGCUGCUGGCCAUGGGCGCCGGGUCCAUCAUGUACGGCGGCGGGCGGUACUUUGCCAACCUGCGCCGGCUCGAGGGCGGGACCUUCCGCCCCGCGUACAACGGGGCCGCGGUGCUGGCGGCCGCGGUGGCCGGGAUGGCGGGCGGCGUGGGCGGGAGCACGGUGCGCAGGGGGUGGGAGAGGCAGCGGAGGAGGGAGUGGGAGUGGGAGCAGGAGAGGAGGGAGCGCAAGGAGUGA